AUGGUCGGUCUGCCUGCACGAGGAAAGAGUUAUAUCACAAAGAAGCUAGCACGCUACCUGAACUGGCUACAACACGACACGCGCAUCUUCAAUGUAGGAGAAAGACGCCGUGUGUCAACGCCCGAGAUGCCCGACCCCGAAUCAAUGGACCAGACGGCCAGCUUCUUCGAUCCCUCGAACAAAAGAGCUGCCUUGAUCCGUGAACAGUGCGCCAUGGACACUUUGGACGAACUCCUCGACUACAUCCUAGAAGGCAACGGCUCCGUCGGUAUCCUUGACGCCACAAACAGCACUCUCGAGCGCAGAAAGGUCAUCAUGAAGAAGAUUCGUGAAAGAGCUGGUCAUGAGCUGAACGUCCUCUUCCUCGAGAGUCGAUGCGUCGAUGAGAACCUGCUCGAGUCAAACAUGCGCCUGAAGCUUUCUGGCCCCGACUACAAGGACCAAGACCCUGUCACUGCGCUCGAGGACUUCAAGAAGCGUGUUGCCAUUUACGAAAAAGCCUACGUUCCGCUUGGCGAGUACGAGGAAAAGAACAACAUGCCUUAUAUCCAGAUGAUCGAUGUUGGUCGCAAGGUCAUCUCACAUCAGAUCCGUGGUUUCCUCUCUGCACAAGCCAACUACUACCUUCUCAACUUCAACCUCGCCCCACGUAUGAUCUGGAUCACGCGUCAUGGUCUUUCCAUGGACAAUGUUUCUGGCAAGAUUGGUGGUGAUUCUGACCUCAGCAGCGAGGGCAUCCAAUAUGCCAAAACACUCACCAAGUUCAUCGAGCAUGCGCGAAGAGAAUGGGACAUGAAGCAGCUCCACAAGCUCACUCACUCACACUUCCCUCCUCAACCCGGUGACACCACACCUCCCAACCCCCACUACCAACCCAACGACAACAACGAGCUACCUCAAAAAUCCUUCUGCGUGUGGACUUCCAUGCUCAAGCGCAGUAUCCAAACCGCACAGUUCUUUGACGAUGAAGAAUACGACUCGAAGCAGAUGCGCAUGCUGGACGAGCUCAACGCCGGUAUCAUGGAAGGCCUCACCUACUCCUCCAUCGCCGAAGCCCACCCUGCUGAAUACGCACUGCGCAAGAAAGACAAGCUACACUACCGCUACCCCGGUCCUGGCGGUGAGGGAUACCUCGAUAUCAUCAACCGCCUGCGUCCAGUGAUUGUCGAGCUCGAACGCAUGGAAGACCACUGCUUGCUUGUUGGCCACCGCAGCGUUGCCCGCGUUCUACUUGCAUACUUCCGCGGUCUGAAGAGAGAGGAGGUUGCGGACUUGGAUGUGCCUAUCGGUAUGCUGUAUUGUCUUGAGCCUAAGCCUUAUGGUGUGGACUUCAAGGCGUACAAGUGGGACAAGAACACUGAGUGGUUCUAUGAGCAACCCAAUUUCCAACUCAAGCGGGCUGAGGAUGAUAUGCAGUAA